CAAAACCCCGUCCCAUCCAUCACCCUCAUCCCCAACCACGGCGUUGACGGCGACUGCCACGCAGGGCAAACCACCCAGCACCGCGUCCAGGCGCAGCCGCAGCGCACCCCCAAUCUCAGACAGGUCCAUCUCGUCCCCGUCGAGACAAUCCGCGAGCUCUCGGGGAGACUUUCCGCUGCUGCUGGUGCAGCGAACACAAAGCCACUCUCGGCCGGCGAGAUCGGUGAGAAUAUCACCACUGAGGGGGUGGAGUUAUCGACGCUCCCGCUGGGGACGGAGGUUCGUUUCCUUGGUGAGGACGGUAAAGAGGAGGCUGUUGUGGUGUUGACGGGUGUUCGGGAGCCGGGGCCGGGGAUGGAUAAGUGUCGGGCUGGACUGAGGGAUGUGUGUGUGGUAAGGGAUGGGAGUCGGGCUGUCAAAAGGUUGGCUGGAGUGAUGGGGACGGUUAAGAAGGGGGGCGUGCUCAGGCUGGGGAUGGAAAUUAGGAUUGUUAAGCCG